AUUUUUAUUUGACAACUUUUUCUAUCUCUCUCUCUCGCUUUUGUUUCUGUGUCUGACCUAAUUGUCUCUGUCUCUCUGUAUCUCUUCUUGGCAUUCGUAUUCACCGCCUAAAUCCGUCAAGAUAUAGCAACAGAUAGAAGAUCCAACUCAUGACUAGUAAUUGUGUUCUUAUCUUUGGAUUCUUCUUCAUUGAGCUAGAUAGUUAGAGGUCAUUUAACUACUGAAAGAGAGAUCACACACACACACAUAUAUAUAGUGGAGAGAGAGAGAGAGAGAGAGAGAGAGAGAGAGGUUGCUAGCUAGAAGAAGAGAUGGGAAGUGGUGGUAAUAGUACACAAUAUAUUGGAGGAGGAGGAGGAGGGCAUGGGUUUGGAGACACAACAUACACAAAGGUGUUUGUAGGAGGAUUGGCUUGGGAAACCCACAAGGAGACCAUGAAGAACUACUUUGAGCAGUUUGGCGAGAUCUUGGAGGCAGUUGUCAUCACUGACAAGCCCACCGGAAGAUCCAAAGGCUACGGAUUUGUAACAUUUCGUGAGGCAGAAGCGGCGAUGAGAGCAUGUGUGGAUCCAGCUCCAGUGAUUGAUGGGAGAAGGGCUAACUGCAAUCUGGCUUCUUUGGGUGUUCAGCGAUCCAAGCCCUCCACACCUAAUAAGCACGGAGGAGGAGGAAGGAACUUGAGGAUAAUGAGCGCAUUCCAGACAGGAUUUGGAGGAGCAGCAGCUUUUGCUUCAGCAGCAACCUUCCCUCGUUAUGCCAUCCAACAAGGCCUUCCUUAUAAUCUUUAUGGGUACUCUCCAUACUCCACGGAUUACACUUACCCAACGAGCUACUAUAAUGUGUAUGGAGGAGCAGCAGGAGCUCAGUAUCCCAUGUACGGUACAGGGAUGAUGACGGGAUUUUAUCCCUAUCUUCAGUUCGGGGAAGGGAGUGGAGGAGCAGCUGCCACCUCAGGGUACGCUUCGGGCAGCCAAGGCUACGGUGUGCAAUACCCACACCACCACCUGUUUCAGUAUUCACCCGUCAACUCCACAGCAGCAGCAGCAGGGGGUUACCCACACCACUAUGGCCAUGGUCAUGUACCCAUGUCCCUUGCCCCUACACCAGCUUUGCAAUCAGGCGUGACAAUGGCCCUGCAAGCUCCUCCAAUUCCUCAUCGCUAGAGAUCUUCAUCAAAGACAGAUCGUCAUCCCAAGUAGCUAGCUAUGUGGCUCUGCACUUCUAAAUCUCUUUAAACCUUUGCCCUAACCAUGGUUUUCAUCCUCUUUCUAACACAAGCCCAUGCAUGCAUGCUUGGCAUAGUUGGGCGCAAAUGGCCCCCCGUAGGGGCUCAACAUCUUCUCCAAAAUUGGAGAAUCAUCAUGCAUCUUUUCUUUUCUUUUUUUCUUUUGGGGAAAGAAAUCCAUUAGCCCUGGAAAGGCUAACUGAAAAAUAAACCAUUUAAUUUGUAAUCUUUAAUUAGCCUAGGAAAGGCUGAUCUAUUUGAUUUUCCAGAAAAAAAAAAUGCAUGGUUUGCGAAAAUGUAAUAUAAACAAAAAAGAUAGCAAGCCGAAAUCAGUUUCAAAAUUUUUUAUAGCUAGCUAAUCUCUCCAACUAAAUCCAUGGGGGCAUAUGGGAUGCUCCCAUUUUUUGUUGUAAUGUUGAAAAUCAAUCUAACUAGUCUUAGGGUUUUAGUAUCUAGGACUUGUACAAGCUAGUCUUUCUAGGUUUUUAAUUAAAACUAGGAUGAACAUGGAGUCAGUCCUUGUCCUUUUUAAUUAUAAAUGUUUUUAUCGACUUUAAUAUUGUGUCUGACCAAUCACAUCUUCCCCUUGGGGUAAGGGGAGAAAAUCUUCAUUAUUUCCUCUUUGUAAAUUCAUUUUGUGGAGCUAAAAUUUGGAUAUUUAGCUCCAUUACUAUUAGGAUUUAAGAGGCUCUGUUUUCAAUUUUUUUUCUAGGGUAUUAAGUGUUUGUUUAGGAUAUUUCAUCACAACUCCAUUAAUGGAUGUGGAGCUCAUGAAAAUAUAGCAUUUGCAUGUAACCCUUGGGAGAUAUUUUGGGUUCCCUUGGGUAUCUUCUUCCUCUAACAACCAUGGUUAGGAUUUAGGUUACUCUCUCCCACAAUUUCUUCUCUCUCUCUCUCUCCCUCUGUGGAACUUCUUCAUGGAGAUGCAACGUAUUGCACGUAUUGCUACUCUCUUAUAUAUAUAUGUUAAAACCUACUGCUGUCUGGAUUGUAAGUAGGAUUAUUACACACUUAAUUAGGGCAAGAUAUCCCUUUUUCAUCCAUAAGGGUGGAUGGAGAUCGGUGCUCUCUGCUUACUAUUAUGCUUUUUUUAAAUUAAUUCCAAGACUGUUUAUGCUUACUUCAGCUAAUAAUGCUAAUUUGUUCAUCAUAUAUGACACCAAAUUGGCAAAUUUGAUGAUGUAAUUCUCAUAUUCUCCAAUUUUGUCC